CAUUAUUUCAGCAUUGUUUUGAAUGGUUGCAACAUUGUGCCAACAUUUCCAGGCUCUGUUGUGCUAAAAGUUGUCAUUAGGAAUCGUUCCAAAACAUUACCUUCUACUAGUAUCUGUAUUUUCACAACUGCUCUUCUUAUAUUACUCACCCUUACGAAGUUUGAAGAAGACAGCAAUCAGAUAGAAGGAGCAGGCUGAAAGCUAAAAAGAUUACCUAUUCACUUCCAGCCUCUCCUUGUGUCUGAUAUUUUGUUGCUUAUCCAAUGUCAUCGUAACCCUGAUCAUAUCAAAUUUUCUUCUUUAUCUAAUACAGCUGUGUGGUUGUAA